AUGGCGACCCCGGAAAACGACGGCCAGACUGUGUCGGAAUAUGUUGUUCGAGUCCCCAACAACAGCCGCAAGAGAUACAGUAUCAUGGCUUUCAAUGCAGCUGACAAAGUGGACUUCUCCACCUGGCAUCGGGCCAAGAUGGAACGAGAUCUGAGCAACAAGAAGCUCUAUCAGCAAGAAGAGAUGCCAGAAUAUGGGGCCGGCAGCGAGUUCAAGCGCAAGCUCCGGGAUGACGCCAAGAGGAAGAAGUAUGGCAGGGUAACCAAGGCCUUCAAGCCUGAGGACCAGCCCUGGCUACUCAAAGUCAAUGGCAAGACAGGCAAAAGGUUCAAGGGAAUGAAGAAGGGCGGUGUGACAGAAAACGCCUCCUACUACAUCUUCACCCAGUGCCCUGAUGGGACCUUGGAAGCCUUCCCUGUGGAAAACUGGUACAACUUCACUCCUCUGGCCCGGUACCAGACACUCACUGCCGAGGAGGCUGAGCAAGAGUGGGAGAGGAGGAACAAAAUCUUGAACCACUUCAGUAUCAUGCAGCAGCGGAGGCUGAAGGGCCAGGACCCGGAGGAGGAGGAGGAGGGUGAGGAUGACCGGAAAAAGAAGAGCCGAAAUGGUCUCCGGAUUCACGAUCUAGAGGAUAACCUGAACAUGAGCUCUGAUGACAGCGACGACAGUGGGGAGGAGGGGGAGAAGGCCCCCAAGGCCAAGAAGGAGGCGGCACCAUCUAGGAGGGACAAAAAGAAGGGCUCCGGUGUGACCUUAGAAGACAGUGAUGAUGGGGACUUUGAGAGCCAGGAGGUGGACUACAUGUCAGAUAGCUCCAGCAGCUCCCUGGACGAGGUUGUAGGAAAAGCCAAGGUGGUCCAGCCAGAGGAAGAUGGGCCUAAAAGCUUCGAUGAAGAAAGUGAAAGCAGUGAAGAGAGUGAGGAGGAAAAACCACCAGAGGAGGAAGAGAAGAAGGCACCUACCCCACAGGAGAAGAAAAGAACUAAAGGAGACAGCAGUGAGGAGUCAGAGACCUCUGAGGAAAGUGACUUUGAGAACCAGCAAUCAGCCAUCUUCGUGAAAAAGAAGACAACCCCCAAGAGGGAAUGGAAGACCUCAGGCAGCAGCUCCAGGGGAGACAGGAAGCCAGAUCCACCCAGUGUGGACAGUGGCCCCACAUCCUCCACGCCUUGGGCAGCUGCCAACAAGCUAGGGAAGCAGAAAAGGGGACCCAGUGAUAUGCCUGCUACUAAUCACCUGGGGUUAGAUGCUGGACCCCAGAGAAUCUUGGGGAAAUCCACCCCCCAGCCUCAGUCCAUGCCCAGCAGUGGAAAAGUACAGCUGACAGAGGACACAGUGAGAUACUACCUGAAGCGAAAGCCCAUGACCACCAGAGACCUUCUGAAGAAGUUCCAGAAGACAGGGCUGAGCAGUGGCCAGAUAAUCAAUAUGCUAGUCCAGAUUUUGAAGCGCCUCAACCCCCAGCGCAAUAUGAUCAAUGGCAAGAUGUGCUUCUUCCUUGUGUGA